AAUAUUGACAUAAUUUGCAUUGGUUAAUUAGUUGGAAGAAAAUGGAGGAAGAGAGCAAAUUAGAAGAAAGGUUAGUAUUGGUGAAAGAGGAAGGAGAUGAAGAAUUAGAUCUGAAAAAAAGGGUUUGGGAGGAAACAAAGAAGAUAUGGAAAGUGGCUUUCCCGGGGAUGUUAUCUAGAGCCACCAAUUUUGGCAUGCUUAUUAUUACUCAAGCGGUUAUUGGACAUGUCAGCGCUCUCGAAUUGGCUGCAUUUGCUCUCGUUCAAUCCUUAACUGUUCGCUUUGUUAAUGGAAUUCAAAUUGGAAUGUCAAGUGCAACGGAAACACUAUGCGGUCAAGCAUUCGGGGCAGGGCAACACCACAUGAUGGGCAUAUAUCUACAACGAUCAUGGAUAAUAAACUUAAUCACGGUCACACUCCUGAUGCCCCUUUUUAUCUUCAGCAGUCCCAUCUUCAUCGGACUUGGACAAGAAAAGGAUGUUUCAAUCGCCACCGAAACCAUAUCUAUCUGGCUAAUCCCCGUUGUGUAUUUAUUUGUGUUCGCUCUCACAAUUCAGAUGUACCUUCAAGCUCAACUCAAGAACAUGAUCGUUGCAUGGCUCUCCCUUGUCUCUUUUAUUGUCCAUAUACUCUUCUCAUGGCUCUUUGUCUUUAAACUAGAUUUUGGUAUCCCUGGUGCUCUCGGGUCUCUUAUUCUUUCCAACUUCGUGAUGGUCUUAGGCGAGUUUGUCUACAUUUGGUGUGGCGGUUGUCCUCUUUCAUGGAAAGGUUUUACAUGGGAUGCAUUUUCUCAACUCUGGCCGGUCAUUAAGCUCUCUGUUUCGUCGGGUAUUAUGCUAUGCUUGGAGAUUUGGUACAAUUCGAUCUUGAUUCUUAUAGCAGGCUAUAUGAAAAAUGCAACUGUUGCCAUAGCUGCCUUCUCCAUUUGCCUUAAUGUCAGCGUUUGGGAGCUUAUGAUUUGUCUUGGUUUCCUUGGAGCCGCAUGUGUAAGAAUUGCGAAUGAGCUAGGAAGGGGAAAUGCAAAAACAAUAAAGUUCUCAAUAAAAGUGAACUUAGCUACUUCAGUAAUAUUCGGUCUUGUCUUCUUCACAAUUUGUCUGGUUUUUGGUAACAAAAUCGGAUACUUAUUUACAAGCGACGAAGAUGUUGUGAAUAUGGUGUCGGAGCUUUCGAUUCUUCUUGCCAUCACAAUGUUGUCGAAUAGCAUUCAACCAGUGCUAACAGGGAUUGCGGUUGGGGCCGGUUUGCAAAGUGUGGUGGCUAUUAUUAACCUUGUGUGCUACUAUGUUAUUGGUAUUCCAAUUGGUCUUUUACUUGGCUUUUGUACCGAUCUUCAAGUUAGGGGAGUUUGGAUUGGAAUGAUUUGUGGAACAAUCACGCAAAUUAUUUGCUUAAGCAUCAUGAUUUGUAGGACUAAUUGGGAUGACCAGGUAGAAAAAACGUCUCAAAGGCUCUCUCGUUGGUUCAAACCCGAUGAUUCGUAAAUUCAUGACCUAGUAAAUUUAUGUUGUGUAAUAGGAUGUCCUUUUUAUUACUUGCUUUGCCAAGAAAAAAGUAAUAGUUGAAAUUGUGACUAUUAGUCUAUUAUUGUAAUAAACAUUUUCAAUAUGUCUCAAAUUGAUUUAUUUAUAUAAAGGAAUAAUUAAAUGUCCCCUUUAUGUAGAUAGAUCUUUCAAAAUAAAGUGUCUUAACCAUAAAAUAUGAUUCUAACAUUGUUUUUUUUUUUCUUAGCAUCUAUUUUUGUUCAUCUUAAAUUGAGCAAAUC